AUGAUAGUUGGACAAUCUGGCCUCGGAAAAGCCACGUUCAUCAAUACGCUAUUUGAUUCGAUUGUUAUCCCGCCCCGCGAAGACGCUGAAAUAGACCUGGAUUUGGAGAGGAUCGAGCCCGUCCGAUUUGUUCCGUAUUUGUAUGAGUCAGACCAGAGCUCAAAAAAACUGAACAUUACGAUUAUCGAUACUCCCGGGUUUGGGGAGUCGCUUAGCAAUUCACAAGGAUGCGCUACCAUUCUUGAAUAUAUUGAGGAGCAAUACGACAAGUUCCUGGCAGAGGAAUCGCGAAUAAAUCGAAUUAGGAAGUACGAGGAUUCGCGAGUUCAUGUGCUCUUGUAUUUUAUCGCGCCCACUGGCCAUGGGCUAAAGGAUCUUGAUAUUCUUCUGAUGAAGUCGGUUGGGAAGAGAGUCAAUAUCAUCCCUGUGAUUGCAAAGUCAGAUGCGCUUACGCGUUCCGAAUUGCUUUCCUUCAAACAACAGGUCAUAUCAGAUAUAAAAAAAUAUCACAUUCCAAUUUAUGAGUUUGAGCCACAUGAUUUUGACGAGUCAGAUGUUAUUCAAUUCAAGGAAAACGCAAAGCAAUAUUUGCCAUUUGCCAUCGUUGGAGCGGAGCCCGAAUAUAUCGGCAUCUCAAAGUCAAAUGGCAUCCGAAGAGGUCGUCAAUUGCCUUGGGGAUUUGUUGAAAGUAUUUCAAACAUCGUCUCUAACAUGUAG